CCAUGUGUUUGCAUGUGCUCGACUUUUCAGAACCUUUUACAACAUGCGUAUAGAAACAUGUUAUUUUUGUUCGUCCCGGAUAUAUCCGGGACACGGGAUUCAAUUCGUGAGGAAUGAUUGUAAGAUAUUCAAAUUUUGUCGUUCAAAAUGUCAUGCUGCAUUUAAGAAAAAGAAGAAUCCCAGAAAGGUCAAAUGGACCAAAGCAUACAGAAAAACUGUUGGCAAAGAAUUGACGGUAGAUCCAUCGUUUGAGUUUGAAAAAAGAAGAAAUAUACCUCUGAAAUAUAAUAGAGAAUUAUGGACUAAGUCUGUGGAAGCAAUGAAGAAGGUAGAGACUAUUAGGCAGAAGCGGCAGAAUUUACACAUUAUGCAGCGAUUACAUAAGGGAAGAGAAUUGGAAGAGGAAAAAGAUAUUAAGGAAGUGAAACGUAACUUAUCUCUUAUUCGCUCGCCAGCUGCUGGCCUCAAAGAAAGGAAGAAGCAAGAAGCAGCUGAAGAGGAAGAACAAAUGUAUAUAGAUGAAGAAUCUAAUAAUGAAUUAGAAGCUGAGGAAAUGGAAGCAAACUAAUUAUACAUUUUUGUAUAUUAUUUUAUUCUGUACUUCACAAAUUAUUUCUAGUAUAUAAAAUAAAUUAUAAGUUGAUAUAA